CGUUCAGUGCAUUGAACGUUGAUCUAGAUUUAGUGCACCUUGUAUAAGUAUUAAAUUAGGACGAAAUAAUCUUCAAGGAUGCUGAAUCGAGCGCGGUGGAUGAUGCUCGCCAUAUCGGCACUGAUGGCGCUGCAGUCGCGAGGAGACGGUGGCUUCAGGCUACCUGACCAACCGCCGAAGGAAGAAACUGAAGGCCGGAAUCUGCACUUUGGGGAGGGCGACCAUGGAAGAUCGCCUGAAGCUCAAGGUCGUGGUCUCCUGGACUGGAUAGGUCUCGGAGAAGACCAGGACCCUUACAUCCAGCAGUCAACCCAGCAGUGCCUCAACGGGGAUCUGGCUGACUGCUUCAAAGCGCAAGCUUUAAGAUCUUUCGACGAUUUCUUUGACAAACAAGCUUAUCAGCUUUCAGACAAUGCAGUUCUAGUAAAAGUGGAGUCUCAAGCCAGAGCGCUGGCCAGGGAACCCCCACAGCUGGCCUCCCAGCCAAGAAGCGAAGACACUGACUGGGACGGGCUAGUCAAAUACGGAAUGAGGAAAAUUGAAAGAUUCCUGAGGUCGACGGCCUUGGAGUUCCAAUUAGAUGACGAAGUGACAUCACAAGGUGUCAUAGCCCCGAGGUUUAUCGACGAGAUUGCUGAUGAAGUCGACAUCAUUGAGGACAAGAAGGCACCUCCUUUCCGUCGCCACAAGCUGAAGAAGCUGAUCAUCCCCAUGCUGUUAAUCCUCAAGCUGUUCAAGCUUAAGCUGCUCUUGUUCCUGCCCCUGAUCCUCGGUUUGGCCAGCUUCAAGAAGUUCCUCGGAUUCAUGGCUCUGAUUAUUCCAGGUGUCAUCGGUUACUUCAAGUUCUGCAAGCCAAACCUGAAGUCUCCAUUCUCGUCCAGUCACUAUCAUCAUGGACCUCAAUACUCGCCAGCUGGCAUUGGCCUGAGCCCUUAUAGGGAGGCCCACAGCCCUUCACAAUAUGGCCACUACGAAAACUAUGCUGGCAACCAGUACCAAAACUAUGGUUCUAACGGUGUUGCGUUCAGAGAACAUGAAGUCAGUCCUCAAGAUCUGGCGUACCAAGGCUGGGAGUACCGUAAUAAGAAAGGCGCAGAAGACAUUAAGGCUGAAGAAGCAUAAGACUGAACAAGAAAUACAAAUCACCCAUUAGAAGAACGAAUUUAAAAUAAUAUAACUGGAACUCUUUUACGAGUAAGUACUGGAGGUGUUAUUGCUGAUAUAACCGACUGUGAAGAAGAAGAAUAGGAUAGUGUUAAAGCAGCCAUUUUCAAGAGGUCAUAUUCUUAAACUUAAAGUGUAAACUAAAAAUGCAACAAAAAGAAAAUCUUUCUUUGAAUGUACAGAUUUUAUAUCUACAAAUUCAAAUUCAAAAUAUUUUUAUUCAAUUAGACUUUUACAAGUUCUUUUGAAUCGUCAAAAGCAUAUACCACUGGUUUAGAAUGCCUUUCCUGCUGAGAAGAACUGAAACUCAACUAUGAAAAAUGUAGUUUUAGUAUUAAGAAAUUUAUAUUUGACACCGUUACAUAGUAAAAAAGUAGUAACAAUUCAAAGUAGAAGAAGUAAAAAGAAUAGUUGUAGAAGUAAAGAAUAUUAUUCAGAUUCAAUAUACUGGGAUAGUCAUAAUAUUAUUGAUUAAUUAACGCAAUUGCGAUCCAAUGUGAUUAGGUAACAUGUUACAAACUGCAACCAGACAAACUUGGUCAUUACAACUUUCCGAAACUUUUGUAACUAAAUCCAAUAUGCUUACUAAGAAAGGUGAUAUAACAAAAAUAUCAUUGAUUCCGAGUACAAAUACGAACGUCAAUAACUUCGGCAAAUAUGAACCAAUCCAAUAUCUUAUGCUUUGCAGGUAUAUCUAGGUUCCUAGUCUAUAUGUAUAUUGAUCUUUUUUGGUUAUUUUUUUUUAUCUUAAAUUUUUGAGUAUUACCAACUUAAUAUUUCAAUGUAAAAGAACUCAUGGACGUAAUUUUGGCAUUCAUAACAGACAUUAUCAUAUUUAUGUCAAUUAAUUGUUAUUAUUUAAUUUAAGUACCUAGCUCUAAGUUUCUUGUUGAUUUUCGUCUUUAUAUUUGAGACGGUAAAGGUAAACUUUAUAAGUAAAUUGUAAAUAGAACCUAUUUUUAUGUGAAAAAUAGAUGUUUUUAACAUGUACCAGU